AUGAUCAUUGAUCAUUCUGUCUUGGCUAGCAUCAGUGCACAUGUGGGCAAUAGCCAGCGGCAGAAUGCACACUUGCCCGCUUGGGCCCAUUCCAUGUUGAGGUUCCUGGGAAGGAAUCUUGGUCCUUUAAGGGUUAACAGGGCAGAAAGAAACAUGAAGUUGUUUUCUGGCAUGGUGGUACCUACCCAAGGGGAAGAAACCUUUGAAAACUGGCUAAUCCAAGUCAAUGGGGUCUUGCCAGAUUGGAAAUAGUUUGAAGAGGAGAAGCUAAAGUGCCUGAAAACCCUUAGGGGCCCUGCUCAGGAGGUCAUGUGUUUGCUUCAGGCAGCCAACCCCAGCCUAAGUGUGGCAGGUUUCUCACAUGCAAUGAAAUUGGUCUUUGGGGAGUCUGAUAGCAGUGUCGCUGCCCAUAGUAAAAUUUUCAACACUUUGCAGGCACAGGGGGAGAAAGCCUCCCUUAAUGUGAUCCGUUUAGAAGUACGGCUCCAGAAUGCCAUGGCAGGGAUCAUACCUGAGAAAAAUGCAAACCAGACUCUCUUGCACCAGCUCCUUUCAGAGGCCCAGCUGAAUGGGGACCUGCAUUACAGGCUGAAGCAUCUUCUCAAGAUAUAUGCAAAUGAUCAGGAGCAUCUCCCAAAUUUCCCGGAGUUAAUCAAGAUGAUAAGGGAGGAGGAGGAUUGGGGUAACAAUUUUAUAAAAUGGAAGCAGGCCAAGAGAUCUGAGCUAUUAUUCAUGGAGAGGGCAGCAAGCCCUGUAGCAUUUCAGGUCCCCUAGCCAAUUGUGAUCAGCAGUGCUGACUGCAAUGUGAUAGAGCUAGAUGACCUCAGUGACUCAGAUGAGGAUGUGAUCCUGGUAGACCCUCCACUUCCAUCCAUGGGUGCCCCUCCCCUCAGAGACAGGGUCAGACCUCAGGAUCAAGCACUGGUCAUUAAUUCCCCCAACAGUUCCCAAGUUCAAUCUCCUUCCACCAGUGGUGGUUCUGGGUAUAAGAAUAAUGGUCCUGGGCAUAUGCUUAGAGACAAGAAGUGAAAAUACACAAUCUGCUGUUCAUACUGUGGCAAGGAGGACCACUCCAAGGAAAUCUGUGACAAUAAGAGCAACAAGGUCCAGGUAUUUGAGAACCUGAUCAUCACCCUGCAUGCACUGACACCUACAGAGGAAGAGGGGUCAAAAGAGGUACCUAGUGAACACAAUGAUCUCUCUGAGCCACAGUAUGGUGCUAAACCCAGCCUUAAGUGAACCCUUAGCUAUAUUCAAAAACUGGUGAUGAAAAAAAUGGGGGUAGUUUCUAUCUUUGUGAAUUAAUCCACAAAAUAGUUUUCUUUGGGGAAAAAGAGGUCUUGGAAACCAGCAAAGUGGA